AUUGGCCUUUAGCAUAAUUAUUUUCUGGUCUCUGUCGAAGGCCAAAGCAUUGUCGAUUUAUCAAAAACAUUGCCUUUGAAAUCAUCCUCUGGUGGUAGUGGGAAGCAGUUGCGAAUAUUAAAGACAAGCAUUUUUAUCGAUAUGCUUUGUUGAUUGUUAUAAAAUACAAAUUAAUUGAUUUUGCAAGGCUCGUGCUUCUGAGAAGCAGCUCACCGGCGAUCCGAAGGCAUGAUGAGUACACAGCAAGCACCACAAAACAAACGUAAAGGGGGGAGAACCGGGAACAGUGGUCAUGGAAGAAAUCGAAACUCAACUCGAUCAAGUAAUCUUACAGCUAACUCGCAAUCACACUCAACGCCGGUCAUUCCACCUAGAUUAUACGCAAAUGCUCACUUUGUACACGCUACAGCUGUUCUCAAGGGAUUAAAAGUUCAAGUUGUGGUUGUAUCAGGCAAAAAGUAUGAGGGAAUAUUCAGCACAAUAAGUAAUAAUGGUGAGAUUGUAAUAGAAUUGGCACACAUGGUAGAAGGCAAUACAAAUGCUGUACCAAGCAAGGAAAGGACAAUUGAUAAGCUGGUUGUUAAGUUCAAAGAUGUAGUCUCGCUUACAGCAUUAGAUGUUGAUCUCGAAUACGCUGUUAAAAGCGAUGUUCAGCCUGGAUUUCAGACAGAUUCAGAUAUCAGCGGGAAGAAAUCGAAUGGUCAAGCAGGAGAGAGAGAAUUACAGCAGUGGACUCCAAGCAAUGAGACCCCAGCAGAUUUAUCAUUAGAUGGUGAUACUAAUGGAUGGAGUGUGGAAGAUAUGUUUAAAGCUAAUGAAAAACAAUUUGGUUAUGAAUCCUCAUACGACACAACUCUAAAAGAUUACACGACGCUCUUACGCAAAGAGGAUACAGAGGAGUUCCGUCAGAAAUCAGAAAGGGCGAAUAGACUAGCAAUGGAAAUUGAAGAAAGUGCAGGCUACAAACAAAGAGCAGCUCUUGAAUUAGAUGAUGGGCAAACAGAGGAGGAUAGAUUCAGUGCUGUGCAACGGCCGAAGGCCAGAAUGAGCCCAUCGGGAUCACAGCAGGGAAGAUCCGCUAGCCCAAAAGGAAACCCACAGUUUGAUGGUAAUGCAUCAACUAAUAAGUAUGUACCCCCUCAUUUAAGAAAUAACAAGCCGGCUCAAAGGAAUUAUAAUCAACCCUCACAUAGGCCUCACACUCCAACACAGGGGGGCCAAAGAGGACCGACACACGCACAGAACAUGGCUAGGCCACCUAGACAUGCUGUGCCUGAUGAACGUCUGACAAUGCAAGAUGUACGAAUGUCACCAGAAUCUAGGCAAUCCCAAGAUGUUAGGUUGUCACAGGAUGCAAGGCUUGCGUAUGAACCUCGACCUCAAAGGUCUGCUGCACAAGUUGUUGCAGGAAGCAAUCCCCAACGUGGCAUGGUUCCACAGCAACAAAAUGUUAUGAAGCAACGAGAAGUCAAGCCGGAGUCCAUAGGAAUAUCGCCCAGCCCAGGCCCUCCAGCAAACAUGGCCAAGCAGCCUACAAAAGAUAUACCUAGGGUACCAAGCCCAAUGGUUGGAAGCUUACCACCAACAGGUGAAACCAAUCCUCAACACCCAGUUGCAUCAGAGGAUAAGAAGCCACAGAAAUCACAGAAAUCUCAAAAAAUUAGUGAAUUGAAUGAAUUUAGCAACAACUUCAGGUUACAAGAGAAUCAAACUACACCUAGCAACAACCAUGUUGCUACCCAGGCCCAUGAAGCCAAACCAGUUCAGUCCUUAAAUCCAGCUCCAACACCACAGCAAGGAAACCAGCAACCUGUACCCCAACAGGCAGCACAACAGGUAGCUCAGCCAUCUUCUCAGUCGCCUCAAACACGACCAGUACCACCACCUGCGCAGGCUCAACCGCAGGCACUUAUUACACAAAUUAUACAACAGCAACCUUUACCGGCUCAGAAGCUAGGCCAGGCACCAUCUCAAGUAUCAAUUCUUCAGCACCAGGCUCAUUCCCAAGCUCAACCUAUCUCCACAGCUCAGCCACCAAGGCCAGUGGAUGAAAAGAAACCAGAAUUUAAGCUGAACCCAAAUGCUAAGGAAUUUACCUUGAACCCAUCAGCUAAGCCUUUCACACCGAACUCACUACGUAAGGGGGUGAGUGUGAGUAAAACACCGACACCUCCCCGACCGCAUUCACGACAGAGUCAGAGUCCAACACUCCAUCCACCAUCAAUGCCAAUGACCCAAAUAAUGACUGGUGGACCCCCUCCACCGCACACCUUUAUCCCUCAAAUGCCCUCAGUUGUCUAUGCACACCAAAUUCCUCUUCAGAAAAAAUAUCCUAAAAGUCCGGCAACCAAUCUACCACAGCCCCCAAGGCAGCAGCAACCAGGGGAUAUAUCUGGACAAAUGAUGUCGGCAUCAACAGCAACCGGGCAACCACUGCUAGCCCCUUCUCAUUUUGUACCGCCGUAUCAUCAGCAUCCAGGGGCACAUCCUGGUCAGAUGAUCCCAGGUCAGCCUAUAAUGCAACCUCAACCCAUGCCAUUUGUGCAGAUGCAACAACAAAAGCUGCCUUAUCGUCACGCCAGUUCGAUGUCCAAUGUACAACAAUCACAAGCUCAACUCCAUCCACUGCCAGAGGUCUCUCCAAAUACCCCUCUCUUUGUUACACCCCAAGGUUCCAGUCAAGUCUAUCCAGGUCAGCAACAGCCAUCAGUGUACCCUCAUCACCCCUCAUCUGCUCAACAAGGAGGCCAACAACAUCCCCAGGGCCAAGCAGGUCACCAUCAAAUGGUCCAGUCAGCCCAUCCUCACUCCCAUGGAGCUCAACAAGGACAAAACCAGCACCAUCAAGGCCAGCCUCAGGGUCAUAGACCAACGCCUAGCCCAGUUCAACAUUCUAUACAGUCACCCUCACAAUCUACUCAGCAAAAUAUACCGUUACCGAUAUAUUACAACAUGCCACAGCACAGCCAACCAAUUCAAGGUCACACACCUCAAUCUCAGCAGACGUUUACAACUGUUUUAAUGCAUCAACAACAGCAGCAGCCUCAACCCCAGCCAUACUCUGCUACCUCCCACAGCAUAACAAAUAUGACGACAGUUCACACUAGCCCUCACCCGCACCCUCAUGCACAACCUGGCAAUGUGAUGUAUGUAGGAGGGGGACAGCCAGUCCCCCAACAUUCACACACAGUCAUGCUACCAAGUGGAAGCAUAUCAUAUCUGCCCCCACAAGGAGGUCAAGGUCAACACCCUCCUAUUCAAGCCUACCAGCAGACUAACUAGAGCAAUGUGUAGUGCAUAAAAUUCAAAAAUAUAUAUAGAACUGAUCAAGGCCUUCAUAAUUUAUUAUAUUAUAGAGACCUGAUGUCUAAGAGCUGGAGGAAUUUCUUAUUGAAAAGGAUAUAUGCUGCUUAUGUGUGACAGCUGAGCCUUGUAUUGAAUGUACAAGAUGUGUUUUACCUGAUGGGAAAUAAUGUUGUUUCCUCCUGAUGGAUCGGCUCUUAGGAAAAUCCUACCAAGGGCCUAGGAUUUAAAUUGAAGCAAGCAGAAGAAUCCUACAGAAUUAUCUAAUCGUACUCCAAGAAUCAUAUUGUGCAAGUUACCAACAUGUUUGGUUUUCUUUUAAUGCACCUUAUAAUUAAAAACUACCGGGGGCUUGUGUCUGCUCCUGGCCCUCUAUGUGGAGUACAAACAGGGUUUCUGUCUGCUCUGAAUAUUUAUAGAGUACCACCAGCCAGGCUGCAGUAGUUUACUGUCUGAUCCAGCCUUUUAAAAUGGAUUUGCCAAUUGGCCUAGUGUGCUGUUUGCUCUUUACUCUCUAAAUGGAGUGCCAACAAGGCUCCUGGUCCGCAGAUAUUAUUGAGAUUUUAACAAUGAGGAUAUAAGUCAGAAUCGUAGGCUAAUUAUUGCUGACUAAACUCUAGAUGAAUUAAAUUAAGGUUUUAAGAUGUUUCUGCAACAGAUUUAUCCUAUCUAAAGAUUUCAAAAUUCGCCCCAUAAAUUGGUAAAUUAUUCUUAUUUAAAUAUUGUUUAAAUGACCUUGACUUCAGAUUCUUUAUAUGCAAAUGUAUUUUCCCUGAUAUUAAAUUCUAAAUUCCAUUUAAAUGUGAUAAUUUACAUCACAAAAUUAAAGAAAACAAAUACGAUAUAUAUAUUAUGAAAUUUGAAAACCAUGUCAUUUAAUUGAAAACUCUGGUGACUGAAUAGUGCUUACAUUGAAUAUGUAAUUUCACAUUCAUUGCAUAUUCCUAUGAAUCUAAGUAAAAAAUAAUAUGCAUGAAUGAGCACAGAAAUAAUUGUUAAAGUUGCUUACCUUUGCUUUAUUCAUCCUGAUAACACUAAUUGUAUUCUAAUAUUUUAUUAUGUAGCUUAUGUUUUCUCGGUCCCCCACAUGUGGACAAUGUUCACACGUUUUCUGGUCCCUAUGUAUAAAUAUUAGGGUAUGCUUACUGAUAGUCCCUCAGGUUAGUUAUUCAAAUAUAUUGGUAAUAUUUUCACCCCGUAAGGAUUAACACGAAACAACUGUUUUAUAAAAUGAUUAUUGUUGAUUUCAUGUUUUAGUUAAAAUGAUUAAGUUGAUCAGUGAAGUAAUGCAAAUUGGAUGUUAAGCUAUUAUUUUGAAAUAGUUUCUACUUAAUAAUUUAACAAUCUGUCAUCAAAUGCCAUUGCAUAAAUGAAUGUCGGCUUUUUUUUUACUGAUCUGUGGUGUUGACUUAUGACACCUAAUUAUAGUUCUUUGUGACAGGAGUUCCUGCUUCACUUCAGAUUUCUUUGAGUGAGCCAAUUACAUGGUGUGAACAGCUCCACAGUUAAUUAGAUAUGAGUAAGGUAUUCUUGAAAUCACUCCAUUUAAGAUGCAUAUCACUUUACAGUAUAAGGCAUAGUUGUUUAUUUCAUUAAUCAUUAAGAUAACACAUAUCAUCAGUGACAUCUAAUGUCAUAAAUACAUGGCUAAGCCUGGUAUAGUCUGCAAAUGCAAAAUGGGGUGUAAAUGUUUUGGUUGUUUCAGAUUUAAUUUCAACACAGUUAUUUAUUCAGGAUGUGAAAUGGAAAUAGUUUGACUGUUUUUAUCGACAAUUUCUUAACCAGUGCAUCAAAGUAUAUAAAUAUUUAUUUUAUUAAUGCAGUAUUAUAUUAUUAUUAUUAUUAUUAUUAUUAUUAUUAUUAUUAUUAUUAUUCAUAUAUUGAUUUUAGUGUUUAUUUUUAAAAUAAAAUAAUGCUGAUGUGUAAUGAACUACUGUAUUAAAAUGAACAUUUUACAUUAUAUACAUGUACAUGCAUGUUGGUGACACAUGCAUACAUACAUACAUACAUACAUACAUACACACACACACGCACACAAGGAUGAGCAAAGCAAAAGUUUAAACUUACAGAUCUUUAUGACCUGUUUGCUGCCCUCUAUAGUUAAGUUAUUUUGGCAGCUACUGUAGUUUAAAGAAUCUGAUAUUUGAAUUAGUUCUAUCAUGUCUAUGUUUUUAUGACAACAAUAUAAGGGGGUUAUUUUCAAGGAUAUAGCAAGGGAGGGCACUGCUCAAGGGAAGUGUAUGAAAACGGUGAACAUCGUUCUUUGUGUUACAAACGAGUUCUAUUGUUCUUCCGUUUUUUGUCUUGAUGUGAAAUGAAAUAAAAAAUGACAUGAUUGCAUUUUAUCCAAAUAAGAA